AAACCCAUGUGGUCGGCCUUGGGCGUCAGUCGACCGUUUCUCUCGCGCCGGCCGGUUCUCUAACCUAACUCUCCAAAAUGCCUCAAACCGAGUUCUACUACUUCCCCGUCAAGGCACUGGGCGAGUCCGUCCGCCUGCUGCUCGCGUACGGCGGCGAGGACUGGAAGGACAACAGGGUCAGCUCUGACGACUGGCCCAACUUCAAGCCCAAAACCCCAUUCGGCCAGAUGCCAGUGAUGGUGGUUGACGGCAAGCAGUACGCUCAAAGCAUCCCCCUGUCCCGCUACCUGGGCCGCAAGCACGGCCUGGCCGGCUCCAACAUCGAGGAGGACUUGCUUAUUGAUCAAAACGUGGAGUUCCUCAACGACAUCAGAUCCAAGUCCGCGCAAGUCCAAUACGAGCCUGACGCGGCCCUGAAGGCCAAGAAGCACGAGGACUUCUCCAAGAACUUGUACCCUGGCAUGCUGGCCAAGCUCGACCAGAUCCUCAAGGAGAACAAAGGGCACCUCGCGCUGGGCAAGCUGACCUGGGGUGACUUCGUGUUUGCGGGCAUGUACGCGUACCUUAAGAUGAUGCUGCAGGCCUCCGACCUUGACGAGCGCUUCCCCGCCUUCAAGAAACUCGAGCAGACCGUCUACUCCCUCCCCAAGGUCAAGGCCUACGCUGACGCCGCGCCCAAGACCGACUGUUAAAGCGAUCGGAACAUCAGUACAAUGUACCAUCACGCUCCGCGAUUGUGGCGCCAUUUAGGGUCCUAGCUAAAUUGGUUGUUCAAUACUUUCGCAAUAGAAUUUCUAAUUUAGCAAGUACCCUAAAUGGCAUAACAAUCCCGUGUGGUGGCUGUACAUAAAUGCUGACAUAAUACUUAAUGGCGACCAGAUAUGUUUUUAUUUUUUUUAUCACGACACCUGAAAGCACAAGGUAUAAAAAAUGAGAUCAUCGAGUAAAUAACGGUGCUCUAAAAAUUAUCACGUGAUAAACAUAAGAUAUAUUUAUUACCCUCGAAUUUCUAUCAAGAGGAAAAAGAAGCGGAAGUAUUAUCAAGUUUGUUGAAGUAAAUUUGAAUAACGCCUGGACUGAUCCGAAUUUGUGGUUCAGCCUUCUAGUAUUAGUCUUGCAUUUGAAGAGCACUUUGUUAAGUUAUAUGUAGUAUUAUAUUUUAAGGAUAUGUUAUUUGCGUAGUCUGAGAAGUAGCAAUGUUAUCUUUUUAAGUGAAAUAAAGCUGAAUAUUUUUA